UCUUGUUGACAACGGUUUUAUUUAUUUCCGUGUUUGUCCAUUUAUAAAAUGCUCCUCGCUAAUCUAAAACACCAGAAAAAUCAUGGUGACUCUGAGAGCCUGAAGCGUUCCAACCUUUUGGAGCUGCGGAAUGUCUUGGACCUGAUCGCCGACAUCAGAGUGCGCGAACAGCAAGAGAGCCGCGUCCUCGUGUCCAAAGUCGACCCUUCCGACAAAACAGUGCAGACUCUGGACCAAGUCAGGGUUGACCUGAGCAAACUAGAGGAAAUGCUAGCAGUCAAGGAGCACUUUGUCAAGGAGCAACGACUGAACGCGGCGCAGGCAAAUUUCGAUGUCCAAGCAGCAGCGACCAGCAAGCAGGUUAAGAAGCUGCGAAACAAACUGGCGGACGAGAAGGCAAAAGCGGAGCUCGACUACCACAAGAUGCUCCAGAAGCAAAUUGGUCGGCUGAACAGGAGGCAAUUGAGUUUGAAGUUAAUUGAAGUGCAGUUGCUGCGCACUCCUUGCGAAAUGUAUGCCGAACUUGCCCACGACUGCCUCCGAGUCGAUAGACAAUCUCUACAGCAGCUAAGACAAUAUUUGGACAAAUACCAGAAUGUACUAAUGGAAGAAGCCAGCAAAGUCAUGCCAUUCGACAGAUAUGCUGGGGAAAAAGACGAAGAACUGGAAAAGGUUCUUAAGUCAAAUAAAGCAUUGGCUCUGGAAGUGAGGCAAUUGGGCAAGGAUGUGAAGAGAAUUUCAAUUGAAGACGAAAAUUUGGAAGGUCAAAUCGUGGAUAUUGAAUCUGAAAUAAAAUUAGUGCGAGAUGAAUUUGCUGAAGUAGGAAGAAAGAAUGUGGAAUUUAGGUAUGUGUAG